AUGAGCUCUCAAACAAUUGGGCUGACCACGAUGCCGAAGCUGCUCCCUGUUACUGGGGCCUUCGCACUGCCAUUUACCGCGUACUUUGCGUUGCUCAGCAUUCGAACAGUCCGCGAGCGCCUUCAGAAAGAGCACUACCUUGGCGACAAUUCAUCGACUGCUAGCUCGGACUGGCGUGCUUACCAGAACGACAAGCUAUAUCUCCUCACUCGUGCACACGCAAACUUCGUCGAGUACGUCCCAAUGGCUUUCAUACUUGCUACAUUGGUCGAGGUCAAUGGCGGCAACCGUAAGGUCCUGAGUUGGUUCCUCGGCAGCUUUCUCGCGCUGCGCGUGCUGCAUGCCGAUUUUGGUAUCCUGCAGCAGGGAGUCGGCGCCGGCAGGCCUAUUGGGUUUAUCGGCAGUGUCGGGCUUUUGAGUGCCAUUGCUGGAUAUGGGGCUUUCUUGGUCAAGGGUUACUGGGGCUUCUGA